CUUCAAUUGUCUGGCUUUGGAAAGACUAUUGAUUCCAAGCAAGGCUGGCUGGCCCAUUGGGCUGUACUGCUGGGUAAGGGAAAGUGGAAUUAAUGGUUCUCACUGGCCCCAGUGAGGCAUGAAACUGGAGCUGGAGCUCAACAAAACUCAUUACCACAUGAUAUCAGAGAGCACACUUUGUCACUCCAGGAGCAAAUGACUUCAGUCCAGAAGAAUACUACAUAGAAAGUCCACAGUUCAAUGGCAGAAUAUAUAUUUUGCAUGCCAGUUCUUGAGAAAGGUUCUUAAGUGACUGCUCAGUCUGCUGUCCAGGUGUUAACUGUUGAUGAGCAGCUUGAAGGCACCUGUUCUCCCUUAGGGUUCUUUAUCUCUGAGUUGGAUAUUCCUUUGAAUGGAAGAUUCCUUCAAAUAGAGGACUUUCCUAUGACAGCUCUUCAGAUAGAGGUCUGUCCCCUGCAAAAUAGGACACAUGACCACCCUAGCCCCAUUCUUGGACCCAUCUUACCAGUUGCCUAUUUCCUCUUCCCUGCCUCGCUACUCCCCUCCCAAUCCUCUCAGGAUUCAUACUAUAGAGAACAAAAGGGUAUUUUAUUACAAAGAGGGAGGGGAGAAGAGAGAUUAGGGCAAGUUAUCAAAUGCUUGAUUUAACAUAUACAAAGUCAAAAUUCCCACCUCAUAAUAGACCUGACUGCAGCUCAGGUAGCAAAUGGAGAUAAUCUUUAUCCCUUACCUGAGCAGGAUGCGGCUGGCAACUUAUAUCUGGAUGCUGUGGGGCACUUACUUCCAAAUCUUGGAUGGCCAAACAAGUCCACUCCUUUGAAGCUGCUGACCUGUCCAGACUUCUCCUCUGAGCAUGGAGGUCAGGUCUUAAAGGGGGUUUCUUGCUAAUGGGCUCUUUUCCCUCAGCAGUGCUCCCAACUGUUCCCAAGAGACUUUCUCCCAGAUGACCCAACAGAUGUCAGCCUUCCUUGGUUUACUAUUCCCAAAGGAUCAUUCCCAGAGAGUCACAUUGCCCCCCUUUCUCCCAGGAACGUGUGAGACUUUAACCCUAUUUGCCCUGUAUAUGCCACUCUAUCAUCAUCAUCAAUUGAUUAAUUGGCUUCUAUACAAUUGCCUUGAGAUAGAUUCAGUUAUGAGGGAAGUUCUGUUACAAGUUCAGUUAUGAGGGAAGUUCUGUUACAAGUUCAGUUAUGAGGGAAGUUCUGUUACAAGUUCAGUUAUGAGGCAAGUUCUGUUCUGCCCAGCUAAUAUGUGAGUUAAAUAGGAUAAUCAGGUUUCCUGCUGACAUUGAGGGAGUCCUACAUGCAUACAUAUUCACAUCGCUUCAGAUUAACACUGACUGCACAUUGACCAGUUUCAGAAUCCCCUUCAGUACUAGCAUGCAUGGUUUUUAUACUGGUUAUUAUGAUUAUGAGCCAAUGUGGUGUGGUGGUUAGAGUGUCGGACUAGGAUCUGGGAGGCUGGGGUUCAAAUCCCCACUCAGCUAUGAAACCCACUGGGUAACCUUAGGUUAGUCACUCACCCUCAGCUGAACCUACUUCACAGGGCUGUUAUGAGGAUAAAAUGGGGAGAAGGAGAACUGUGCAUUUCACCUUGAAGUCCUUGAAGGAGAGGCGAGAUGUAACGAUAAAUCAACAACGAUUGGUUAAUACCAGUCCCUCAUAGACCAUUGCUUAGUGGCAGUGCGCAGGCGUUCCCAGAAGUUCUAUCCCAUGGUGUCUCCAGGCAGGUCUGGAAAUGAUUCAUGUGUGAAACCUUGGAGAGCCACUGCAAGUCAAGACAGUGCGGCAAGACAAUAUUGAACUAGGUGGGUAAAGAGUUUCCUCUGUUUCUAUUUCGUAUAACUGGGAGGCCUUCAUUGUGCUGACACUGACAUCUUGUUUCACACGACAGCAUAAAUCACAAGCUUGUAAUGUCAAUUAAAACAUAUACCACAUUCUUUUCACACACACACCCCAUAAUGUUUAAUCCAGGUAUGACAGGUUCGUUUCCUUUGAGGUCGGGGGUAUCAUCCAUUCUCCACUUGCCAAGAUCUAGCAUGUCUGCAUGCAACAAUUGUGUUUUAUGAGUUUAGCAUUAUAAUUACUGAAGUAUCUGCGAGGGUGACAAUCGGUUUCUUUGUUUACCGAUAGGGAUGUCUUUUUUAAUGAUAUAACACAGACAUUUCAAAAGGAUUUUAAUAAUCUGCUGGGUCUGGUGCUAUAUAAUUUAACAAAACUGCCAAUGGCAUUAUGUCAGCAAACUUACUCAUAGUGAAUCUAUCUUUUUACUCUGACUCAAGCAAUAGUUGCGACUCGUAUUUUGCAACCCCUGGCUAAAAGAAGCUCAAUUACUAUUUUUUAAUUACAACGUAUGAGGGAAACAGUAUGUAUGUAUGUAUAUACAUACAACACAGCCUACGGUACCAAACUGGACGCAUGGUAUAAAUUUCCUUAGAGCCCAUUUGGUGUAUUUUCUUGGUGGAUGGAAUCUCCUGCAGCACUUCUCAAUCCUUCACUGCCUGAUCCAUGUAGGAAGAGGCCAUGAUGAGACUCCUUCUCCAUCUGAUACAAUACUGCCACAACUGUAGUAUCAGAAUGUAGCCUUGCUUACUUAUCAGUAGGGAUUAACAGAUCUGUCAGUUUCAGUUCUCUCAGUUUCUCAUUUCUCCCACAAUCCUAAAUUCCAUUUUUCUGCAGCAAUUUCUGAUAUAUAUGUUUUAAUCUUCAUGAAAAUUCAUGAAGCAUUUGGGUGCAAUGUUUCCUAAUGAACACAGUUUCGCCUACUGUGCACAUUUUUUUUUUUUGGCAAAGCUGUUUCUCCUUAUUUUGCAGUUUUAUGCUAUUUUUCACUAAUAAUAUGCCUUUGCAUGCCUGUAUUUUACCCCAUUAAUGUAUUUUUGUAGACAUUCCUUGGUUGGAGAACUUAAUUACAAAAUUCACAUAAGUCCGAAUUGGAAAGAGUGGUUGUGUUUUGGUUUGUUUAAAGGCAAGUUUGCAUUUAAAUAUUGACUGAAUCACAUUCCCCCCACCUACCCCUACUUAGCAGCUAUGCAGUUUCUAAAAGAGAUUAUUUAUGUAUUUAUUUAUUUAUUUUUGUUCUAUCCCGCCCUUCCUCCCAAUGGAGCCCAGGGCAACAGCAAAUCCAUCUCACAGUUAGGAAGAAGAGCGUGGUUUCUCCAAUCUCGAUAACUCUCCAACAAGAUGCGUAGACAACAGCAACUCACCAAGUGGGAGUCUCACGAAGGAAAAAGGUACUAGACAGAAUUCAACACAACCCUACCUUUCAUGAUAAAAUGUUACAACAUGGCUUGGUAAUGUGGAGUCCUUGGAUCCACUAUGAAUUAGAAUGAAUCACAGAAUACAAGCAUGUGAAGUCACCUUGUACUGGGACCAUCUACGUAGCUCAGUAUCACCUACUCUGAUUGGCAGUGGGGUCUAUGAGCUCUGGCAGAUAUCAUUCUCAUCCCCGUUACCUGUGGUGCUUGGGGAGAUAGAGCCUGUGGCUUUCUUCAUGCACAUCAUAUAUUCUAGGGACAUAAGAAGCUGUCUUCUACUAUGCCUGUACUCAGAUGGACUCAUCAUGUUAGUUUUACUGAUUUUAAUGCUACUGCUUCUGUCUCCAUUUCUGCCAUUGCUUUUACAUUGGUAUACCUUGUUGUGGUAUGGAUCUGUGGGGAUUUUUUUCACUAAUAUACUGCCAUGUUGUGCUAAAUUUUAAAAGGUAGGAAAGAACUGUCAGCACUAAACUCCCACAAUUUUUCAAGUUACCAUGGGUACAAACAGAUUUCUUUUGGAAACAUUUGAUGCAGAAAGGAGCGCUAAAUUUCUGCUGGUUUCCACUAGAUAUGCAUCAUGAGAAAUAUCACAUAAAAAGUAAAAAUGAACAAGUAUGAAAGCAUGAUGCAAUAAAAUGAAAUAAAAUGAUGUCUAAUAAAAUGAAAUAAAAUGAUGUCUAAAUGCAGCCUGAGUCAGAGUACUAACCUAUGUUUUUCAGUGACUCCCCGGGGUUUUAGACAGGGGAAAUUUCCAGCCCUACCUAGAGAUGCUUAGGUUUGGACCUUAUGAGGCUAAUGCCCUGCUUGUGAGCUACUGCUCUUUCUCUGUACAUCAGAGGAAAAACCAAAGUGAUAUCAAUCUUAAUUAUAUGGUUGCCUCCAAAUUCUACCUACUGCAAAAUUUGGGUAAUUGAUUAAUGGCAUUUAACAUUCUUGCUGACAGGUUGCUUCCAGAAACCGUCCAGAAUGAACAAAGAAAUAGGUCAAAGCACUCAACACUCCUUCAGCCUCAUCCUUUGACAUAUGAACGGAGACUGAAGCUGCAAGCAAUCUGUGUCCAUCAAGUGGCUUUUGGUUGUGCAAAGGUACCUAUUAAGCUCCUCAUACCUACCUGUUUCCCUUGCAACGUCUUAUCCACCCUUAUGCAGAGGGAACAUUGGGACCCAAGUUCCAACUGUAAUAAAGUAGACGAGGUGGGCAGGGAGAAUGCCAGGGCCUCCAAAAUAGUGUGUAAUACCAUCAGCCCCACAUCUUCAAAAAAGGAGACCUGUGGUGGGGGAAACUUGGGUGCGACAAUAGAACAACAAAGGAACAAGAACAAGGCUAUAUCCGACAGUGAGGAAGAACAAGCGGAGGAACCAAAAGGAAUACCGUAGAUGAAUAUAAAAUUUAAGAUACGCCUCUAAGCACC